AUGUUGCGGGGCGGAUUGUUAUGGAACGUCACCUCGCUCAACCAUCACACCCACGCACCCAUUCAUCGCGACAUCGAACCAUCGCCCGAGACCUCCGCUGCCGGCCCCAUCUCGCGCUCGACCGACCCAAGCUUCGAAUUCGUCUUGAAUCUACCCUCUUUUAUUCUCAUAAACAGAAUAGCCGUCGCCAUGUCUAGCGAGCUUUGCCCCGUCUAUGCGCCCUUCUUUGGCGCCAUGGGUUGCACCUGUGCCAUUGUCUUCACAUGCCUGGGCGCCUCCUACGGUACCGCCAAGUCUGGUGUCGGUAUCGCCGCCAUGGGUGUCCUCCGCCCUGACCUUAUCGUCAAGAACAUUGUUCCCGUUAUUAUGGCUGGUAUCAUUGGUAUCUACGGUCUCGUCGUGUCCGUCCUCAUCUCCGACGGCCUGACGCAGAAGCUUCCUCUCUACACUGGCUUCAUCCAGCUCGGUGCUGGUCUGUCUGUCGGUCUCUCUGGUCUCGCUGCUGGAUUCGCCAUUGGUAUUGUCGGUGACGCCGGUGUCCGCGGUACCGCCCAACAGCCACGUCUCUUUGUUGGCAUGAUUCUUAUUCUCAUUUUCGCCGAAGUUCUCGGUCUGUACGGUCUCAUUGUUGCCCUGCUCAUGAACUCUAAGGCAACCACCGACGUCAGCUGUGACGGGGUCGAAAGCUUGACAAUUCAAUCACUGCCAAAAGCUGCGACCCCGCGCCAUGUGACAAUAGAUUACUUGGAGGCGCUUGAUCCGGGUCCUGGAUUCCACCCGUAUACUGGGAUGGGAAUGAGAUUAAUGCCUACCGGCAGGGAAUGGAUUUGCAUCAGAAUGGGUGCUGAGAGGACGGAGACAUGGUACAUGUACACUAGCGACAGGUAG